AUGAAAUUAACCAGUUUAUUGUCAAUUGCCAUUGCUUGCAAUUAUACCAAUGCCUGGUCCUUCAACCUCAACCAAAUUUUAUUCAAUGUUGAAGAACAAAUGAUUAAAGAAGAAAACACCAAUGUUUUCCAAGACUUAUUGAAGCAAUUAGACUACCCAAAAGAAGGUGAGCUGAAAGAAAUUGUCAAUGCAUGGACUGAAUUACAAAAACAAUUCAGUCAAAAAGAAUUGCUUGAAAGAGUUAAGGCUUAUGGUAAGAAAUCUGUCAAUAAAUUCAACAACGUUUUCAGUGAAAAGAAGAAACAUAAAGAUUUUGAAACCUUAGCUAAUGACAAAUUCCAAGGUUAUUCUUUAGAUAUCAAGAAAAAUCACCCAGAAGCUUUGGGAUUAGAUACUGUUGACCAAUAUACUGGUUACUUAAAUGUUGAACAAUUGGAUAAACAUUUCUUUUUUUGGUUUUUCGAAAGUAGAAACGACCCAGCUAAUGACCCAGUCAUUUUAUGGUUAAACGGAGGUCCAGGAUGUUCAUCAUCAACUGGAUUAUUCUUUGAAUUAGGUCCUUCAAGUAUCAAUUCAACCAUUCAACCAGUCUAUAAUCCAUAUUCAUGGAAUUCCAAUGCUUCUGUUAUCUUCUUAGAUCAACCAGUUGGUGUUGGUUAUAGUUACACUGGAGGUGAAGAAGUUAAAAACACUGCUUCAGCUGCUAAAGAUUUUUACGUAUUUGUCGAAUUGUUCUUCCAAAAAUUCCCACAAUUCAAAAACAAUAAAUUCCAUAUUGCUGGUGAAAGUUAUGCCGGUCAUUAUAUUCCAAGUUUUGCUUCAGAAAUCAUCAAUAAUGCUGAUAGAUCAUUCGAAUUAUCCUCUGUCUUGAUUGGUAAUGGUAUCACUGAUCCUUUGAUUCAAUACGAUUACUAUAAACCAAUGGCUUGUGGUGAAGGUGGUUAUAAACCAGUUUUAUCAGAAGAAGCUUGUGAAAAAAUCGAUGCUGAUUAUCCAAAAUGUGCCGCUUUAACCAAAUUAUGUUAUACUUUCCAAAAUGCUUUAAGUUGUGUUCCAGCCACUGUUUAUUGUGAACGUGAAAUUUUUGGUCCUUACCAAGAAACUGGUUUAAAUCCUUAUGACAUUAGAGUCCCUUGUGAUAAUGAAGGUGGUGAAUGUUAUAAUGGUAUGACUUAUGUUGAAGAUUUCUUGAACAAUGAAUUUGUUAUGCAAUCCGUUGGUGCUGAAGUUGAUAUUUUCACUGGCUGUGAUGAUAAAGUUUUCCAAAACUUCAUCCUCGAUGGUGAUGAAAUGAAACCUUUCCAACAAUACGUUGCUGAAUUAUUGGAAAAUGAUGUUCCUGUUUUAUUAUACGCUGGUGAUAAAGAUUUCAUCUGUAAUUGGUUAGGUAAUCAUGCCUGGUCAGAUGCUUUAGAAUACGAAGACCAUGUUUCUUUCGAAGCUGAUUCCUUGAAACCUUGGUACACCGAAGAAGGAAAAUUAGCCGGUGAAGUUAAAAACUACAAAAAAUUCACUUUCUUAAGAGUUUACGAUGCUGGUCAUAUGGUUCCUUAUGAUCAACCAGAAAAUUCUUUAGAUAUGGUUAAUAGGUGGAUUGCAGGUGAUUAUUCAUUUGGCUACUAG